AUGACCUCAUUUCUACCAGUCAACCGGACACCCACACCAAACAAUGUAAAGAUGGAGGAUGUGACAUCAACGACGCCUCGACCGGACGUGUCAUCGGAUUCUCGACCGUCGACAUCAAAGACCGACUCUUCUCAACCUCAUUCAGUUUCAUCACAUCGGCGAGCGCCAUCCACGGCAUCCACAGGCGACGAGACUACGGUGGCGGAUGACGAACCCGACCGCGACCAGACCGACAAUGAACCUGACAACGGAGAGAACGCUCCACCGUCGAAGAAGAAAAAGGGUCAACGAUUCUUCUGUACCGACUUUCCGCCCUGUACGUUGAGUUUCACCCGAAGCGAACAUCUUGCUCGUCAUAUCCGAAAACACACCGGUGAACGGCCCUUUCAGUGUCAUUGUUCAAGACGUUUCUCGCGACUGGACAACUUGCGCCAACAUGCUCAGACCGUCCAUGUCAAUGAAGACAUCCCGGGAGAUUCGCUCGCCGCUACAGGUACUCGGUUUCAGCGUCAAAUCCGCACCGAUCGCGUUCGUCCUCCGCAAGGCCGCGCACGAGCCGGCACGACAGGAAGCCAGGGUGGUCAUGCCAGAGGACAUAGCCGGAAUCUUUCUACAUCGAGCAUCGCUUCCACAGCUUCCAGCUUGAGUCAGGCGCCAGACUUGCGACGUCGACCACCUCCCUUGAUUAUGGCCAAUGACGGCGGUGCGCGAGCGCAACUCCCUCUAGGAACUAUGGCUGAACCUACAACACCCCCGAGUCAGAUUGUUCGUUCGGUUCCCGGUCCAUCACCUGGCCAUGGUUAUCCCACAUUCUCUGCUGGUGGCGGUAUGAGUUCUCACUACGCUUCUCCCAUUGCGGCCGCAUCUCAUCAACCGGGAUACUGGGAUGCUCGAGGACAUGCCCGUCGUCUAUCUGUUCCAUCUGGCCCGAAUCCAUUCACUAACCACGAAACGUAUCCUCCACCACACGUCACGUCUAUUCCUCCUUCCCAUGCUCCAUACGCCCCCGGUUCAUCUGUAUAUGCCAGUCCUACGAGUUCGAGUGUUGCGCCAUCCCGUGAUGAAGGAAUGAGUCCGUCUGAAGCAGAGCUUCGUCGGCGCACAUGGCAUCCUUCGACAUAUCCUCGCCCGACCACCAGUGGCUUAGUUAAAUAUGAAGAAUCCGCAAAUACACUUCGUCCUGCUUUUGGCGCUGGAAACACCGACGGCCAGGGCACCCGAUUGCCUGGUAUUGAGAGUUUCGAUAAGGUCAUUCAAGGCCGUCCACUCACUCCCCCUUUACGAAAGCCUAGUCCUAUGCAAAUCGACACACCCAGUCGUGGCCCACCAUAUACUCCUGGAUUUGCGGGACAGGUGCCGUCAAGUCGGCCUCCUCCUGCAAUGUCGGGACUAGGUCACCGACGUGCUCAGCCAUCCUGGGAUCUGCAUUAUAAUCUUACUGGACUCAGCCUAGGCAAUGGGUCUGCGAGCCUGUCUUAUAAAGAAGCCACCACUACGUGGGGCCAACAGCCAUUCGCUUCUACUUCUCGUCAGGAACCAUCGACCCCACAAAACACUCAGCGAUACAGUUUUCAAGCCGCUACUACCACGCCGGGGUCUCAAGUUACUCGUACUUCUCCGGAGGAUUCUAGUAGUAGCGAAGGCGUCGCGACUCCUUCGACUGUCUCUAUGGAGUAUCACCCGGCUAUUGUACAUAGCAAUGGACAUGUAGAACCUGCCGUGGCCCACGAAGCUCCUAACUGCGCUCCUUCUCAGCAAAACGGAUACACACCUACAAACCGGCCGGGAAUCUUUGAGAACCCGUCUGCUGCCGGUGCGAGUGGCAUGGGUCGGCUAGAAGCACUGGUGGCAGUUGCAACUAGCGAAGGCAAAUCCGCCGCACGGUUGUUCUAG